UCCUCUCUCCUCCAAUCCGGGUGGACGGGGAGGGAAGCGGCCGUCGGUUUCUCCGCCCGGCUGGGGGCGGGAGAUGAGACCCGGAUGAGGCAGCAGCUGGCUGCUGCUGGCUGAGGCGGAGCGGGGUGCAGCGCCGAGGAGCCGCGCGGGUGUCUCGGGCGGAGGCUGCGCCUCCCCCGCCGCUUUCCCAGCCCCUCCGCACCUGCCCCAGCUCCAUGCCCACAAGAUGGAGGCGGCGGCGGCGGCGCUGGUGUGAGGGGGGAGCCCGUGCCCAGGUGCGCGCCUGGCGGGCGGCGAGGCGGAGAUGCUGCUGGUCUAUGUGAUCCUGAUCUCGGCUCUGGCCGGUUCCUGCAUCACGCUGCUGCUCCAGCUGCUGCUGCUCUACAGGAGGAAGCCGGAACCCCCCGCGGUGGCCAGAGCCUCCGGCGGCCUCUUCUUCGCCAGGAUCCUGCCUGACCGCAGCCUCAGGGACUAUUUCCACGGCUCGGAGCCGGCGGGCAGCCAUCCACCCCAGGAGCCUGCCCCUGCCGCCGCCUCCGCUGCGACCUCCUCCCCUGGUGCCGCCAAGCCCCAGGCUGAGCCCGGCGCCAAGCAGCAGCAGCAAGAGCCCUCUGCGUCCCCCUCCUCCCGAGAGGAGACCUGCUACUUCCUCAAUGCCAUCUGCCUCUUCCUCUUCAGGGAGCUCAGGGACACCUCCCUGGUCAGGCACUGGGUCACCAAGAAGAUCAAGGUGGAGUUCGAGGAGCUGCUGCAGACCAAGAUGACGGGCAAGGUGCUGGAGGGGCUCAGCCUCAGGGAUGUGUCGCUGGGCGACGUGGUGCCCCUCUUCAAAUCCAUCAAGCUCAUCCGGCCAGUGAUCUGCAGUGACGAGGGCUGCCCCGAGGAACUGAGCUUCGAGGUGGACCUGGAGUAUAAUGGUGGCUUCCACCUAGCCAUCGAUGCAGACCUGGUCUUUGGCAAGUCGGCGUACCUCUUCGUCAAGAUCUCCCGGGUGAUGGGGAAGCUGAAAUUGGUCUUCACUCGCUUGCCCUUCACGCACUGGUCCUUUUCUUUCAUGGAUGAUCCUGUGAUCGGCUUUGAGGUGAAAUCCCAGUUUGAGGGGAGGCCCAUGCCCCAGCUCACUUCUAUCAUCGUCAACCAGUUCAAGAAGGUCAUCAAGCGCAAGCACACCUUACCCAAUUAUAAAAUCAGGUUCAAGCCAUUUUUUCCAUUUCAAGUUAUGUCACCUGAGGAAUAUGAAGAUCGGGAUCUCAACAUACAAGAUUUUCCAUUGACAGAAGGCCGACUUAAAAUUACCUUAAUAGAAUGUACAAGAUUACUGAUUUUUGGAUCCUAUGAAAGAGAAACGAAUGUUCAUUGCACGUUUGAGCUGAGCAGUAAUGUCUGGGAAGAAAAAUCUCGGAGUUCCAUUAAAACGGCAGAACUAAUUAAAGGGAAUUUACAAAGUGUUGGACUCACUCUCCGUCUAGUGCCGUCUAAGGAAGAGGAUGGAGGACAUGUUGUUGUUGAAACUGUUACACCAAACUCACCUGCUGCAGCUGCUGAUCUUCAACGAGGAGAUAGACUUAUCGCGAUUGGAGGAGUUAAAAUCACAUCAACUGUUCAAGUGCUAAAGCUUAUCAAGCAGGCUGGUGACCGAGUUUUAGUGUUCUAUGAAAGGCCCGUUGGUUAUAAUCAGCAUGGUGCAGCACUCCAGGAUGGUUUUGGACAGUUAGAAGACCCUGCUUUUCUGGCACACCCAGAAGAGGAACAAACUUGUGUUUCAGCAGAUGCUGAUAACAAAGAACUGGAUUCAGAAUUUGAAGAUUUAGCUUGUGAUAUAAAGUCACCUGAGCUCAAAGAAGAGAUGCCAACAACUCAGAGUCCCAAACGUUCUGUAGUAACGUUUGCUACUAAACCACUUGGAACAAUAUCUCCAAUUCUAAAUCGCAAGCUACAUUUAGGAAAUUAUCAGACUUCAAAAACACAACCAAAAGAUGGAGUCAAACUGGUAGUGCCCAAAAGUUCCGAGGGUCAGGACACAUCACAACAAUCAGUUAGACCACCUCAGGGGAGCAGUACUAAACCUCCUGUACCACCUAGGCCACAAAUUAAACUUACUUUACCUUCUAGUGAAACUCAAAAUCUGUUAGAAACAGGAGACAUAUCUUCUGAAAAACCAGAGAGGCCUCCUCCACCUGCAAACAAUGGAGAUAAAUGCACAGAAAAGGUAACAAAAAAUAAUGAUCAAGUGGAAGACCCAGUGAUAUCAAAACCAACAGUAACAAAACCAGAAAUAGUAAAAGAUACAAUUUCAGAAAAUUCACGUAGUUCUAAGGAAAGUGGAGAUGACCAACAUACAUGGGAAUCACCAGAAAUUCCUUAUCGCAAUCGACAAGGACGAUGGGCAAGGAUAAGGGCAUCCUCCUGUAUAUUUGAAGUGGAAGGAUACCAUAAGUACCUUAAUGUUGCACUUUGGUGCAGAGACCCUUUCAAAAUGGGUGGUCUUAUCUGUUUAGGACACAUAAGUAUAAAACUUGAAGAAAUUGCUUUAGAUUGUAUAGCUACAUCAUCCAUGGAAUACCUUAGAACGCUUAGAUUAAACGCUCCUGCACCUAAAGCAGCAGUCACUAGAACUGCUUUGCGCAGUUUGACAGUGCAUAAGGGAUUCAAUGAAAAGUUUUGCUAUGGCGAUAUAACUUUACACUUUAAAUAUCUAAAAGAAGGGGAACCAGAAGACUCAAGUUUUCUGCUGGAGAAAGAAAAGGAAUAUAAUUUGGUAGAAGAAGUUCAUGCACUUCAGAAAGAGGAUCCUUAUCUGGGACAAAUGAUUUUUACGGAAAACAAGCAUAAUUUUCAAGAUACUCAGUUCCAGAACCCAACCUGGUGUGACUACUGCAAAAAGAAGGUUUGGACUAAAGCAGCUUCCCAGUGCAUGCUCUGUGCUUAUGUUUGUCAUAAAAAAUGUCAAGAAAAAUGUCUAGCUGAAACCCCAUUUUGUGUAGGAGCUGAAAGGAGACUUGACCGAAUUAUGGGAAGUUGUAGGAUGGACGGACAGGAAGCUCCUCAAGCUGUAUCCUCUCGUGUUGAUUCAGAAUCUAAAUCUGUGAACAAAACCACAGGUUUAACAAGACAUAUCAUCAACACAAGUACCCGUUUGUUAAAUCUUCGUCAAGUCCCUAAAGCUCGCUUUGUUGAGCCAGGGAUGGACAUCGUAGAACCUUCACCAAAGCACACUCCAAACACUUCAGAUAAUGAAAGCAGUGACACUGAAAUUUGCAGUCCAAAUAGUCCCUCAAAACGUGCAGCAAGCACAGGGAUAAAGUUAGCAAAAAAGGAGGGAGGACUAGAUGACAAUGUCUUCGUUGCAGUAAAAGAAAUUGGCCGCGAUCUCUAUAAAAGCUUGCCUACAGAGGAAAGGUUCCAGAAAUUAGAGUUCAUGUUGGAUAAACUGCAGAAUGAAAUAGACCAAGAAUUGGAAAAUAAUAAUUCACUCAUUCGAGAAGAAAAAGAGACAGGUGAUGCAAGGAAAAAAGCACUAAUUUCUGCUGCAUUGGCUAAAUCAGGUGAAAGACUGCAAGCCCUUACACUGCUUAUGAUCCACUACAGAGCAGGCAUUGAGGAUAUAGAAUCUUUGGAAAAUGCACCUUUAGACCAGCAAUCCAGAAAAGUGACUAAAUAUGCAGAAGACACUAGCACUACAGAAGAACUGGAUCAUGAAGAUGUCAGUGUGACAGAGGCUCCAACAUUCAACAGCAUAUCAGAACCACCGCUUGACACUCCUCGUUCAGUAGACUGAUAGUUGCAUAUUUGGCUUUCGGAAGAAUGGAUUGAAAAGAAUACUUUGCACUUAAUAAAAAAAAUCAGAUAAGUCAAAAUUUAAUUAAACACUGGUACAAUGUA